AUGACGGACGGUGCAAGACAACGGAGCAGCACCUCGGGUUCUGCCAAGGAAGCUGCUGGUGAGAAGGAGUCGGGAGGCGGAGUUGCGCUCAAGAAGGAAAUCGGUCUUGUCAGUGCCUGCGGUAUUAUAGUAGGUAACAUUAUCGGCUCAGGUAUCUUCGUCAGUCCGAAGGGAGUGAUGGAGAACGCCAGCUCCGUGGGAGUGGCCCUGAUCGUCUGGAUCAUCACGGGUAUCAUCACUGCCAUCGGGGCGCUGUGCUACGCCGAGCUGGGCGUCACCAUCCCCAAGUCGGGCGGGGACUACUCUUACGUCAAGGACAUCUUUGGAGGGCUGGCUGGGUUCCUGCGCCUGUGGAUCGCCGUGCUGGUGAUAUACCCGACAAACCAGGCCGUGAUCGCGCUGACGUUUUCCAAUUACGUCCUGCAGCCUCUAUUCCCCACCUGCUUUCCGCCAGAGAAUGGCCUGCGUCUGCUGGCUGCUGUCUGCCUCUUGCUGCUGACAUGGGUGAACUGCUCCAGUGUGAGGUGGGCCACCAGGGUGCAGGACAUGUUCACCGCCGGCAAGCUGCUGGCCCUCGCCCUCAUCAUCAUCAUGGGCAUCGUGCAGAUCUGCAAGGGAGAGUACUACUGGUUGGAGCCAGCCAAUGCCUUUGAGCCGUUCCAGGACUAUGAUGUGGGUUUGAUAGCCCUAGCUUUCCUACAAGGCUCCUUUGCCUACGGAGGUUGGAACUUCCUCAACUACGUCACAGAGGAGCUGGUGGACCCCUAUGUGAACCUUCCUCGUGCCAUCUUCAUCUCCAUCCCCCUCGUGACCUUCGUCUACGUCUUUGCUAACAUCGCCUACGUCACGGCCAUGAGUCCCCAGGAGCUGCUCGCCUCAAAUGCUGUUGCCGUGACAUUUGGUGAGAAGCUGCUGGGAGUUAUGUCGUGGAUCAUGCCCAUCUCUGUGGCGCUCUCCACCUUCGGGGGAGUCAACGGUUCCCUCUUCACCUCUUCACGAUUGUUCUUUGCUGGAGCCAGAGAGGGCCACCUCCCCAGUCUGCUGGCCAUGAUUCACAUGAAACGCUGCACUCCCAUCCCUGCCCUGCUCUUCACUUGCCUGUCUACCCUGCUGAUGCUGUGCACCAGCGACAUGUACACUCUCAUCAACUACGUGGGAUUCAUCAACUACCUCUUCUAUGGAGUCACUGUCGCCGGGCAGAUUGUCCUGCGUUAUAAACAGCCAGAUAUGCACCGACCAAUCAAGAUCAGCCUGAUUUGGCCGGUCAUUUACCUCCUCUUCUGGGCCUUCUUGCUCAUCUUCUCCCUUUACUCUGAGCCCGUGGUGUGUGGCAUCGGCCUGGCCAUCAUGCUGACUGGCGUCCCCGUCUAUUAUCUGGGAGUCUACUGGGAAAAUAAGCCACAGUGCUUUGACGCCUUCGUUGGUAAGAUGACGCACUUGGGCCAGAAGUUUUGCAUGGUGGUUUAUCCAGCUUUAGGUGACAGCAGCGGGAACGGAGAGGAAGGAGAGGAAAUGAAGGAGGCCAGGUCUCCUCUGUCUAAGGAGGACAGAGACGCCCACAAGUCAGCGGACUGCUAAAGCGCACGCCCUUAUCUCCCACCUGCCCCAAAAGAAAUGGACAUAUGCAGACGCACACGUGGGUGCGCACACACUCAAACACACAUGCAAACACACGACACAGUUUGUAGUGGAUUUACUGAUCAACACUUGUGCCCCCACACUACAUGUUUUUAUUUGGUUUUUAGCAAAUAUAGUAUGAGAUGUUUGGAGUAUUACGACCUCAAACUUUUCUGUCUGGGGUCCUUCAACAGUGCAAUAAAGAAAGGUUAGCACCUUCAACUUCUCCAAUACACAUUAAACAGACACAUUUAACAAUUUACUAUUCAUCUUCAUCAUCAUCAUCAUCAUUCUGCUUCUCUUCCUCCCGCUCCCCCUCCACACACUCCCUGCACACUCCUACUGUAAGAGAUCAUUUUUGUAGUACUUUUUUUUUAUCAAAAGACUCUCACUGCACUGUGGUGGCCACACAAACACUUCUUUUCUGUUUUUGUUCUUUUCUUUGGCCACGUUGUAAAUUUUGUCAUAAAUUCAACACACCAAAGCAGUAUUUUGACUGUCAAAGCAGAAAAUUGGAUUCAGAUCAAGUCAUUUCAUGUUGUGAAGUACACCAAGAACUAUGUUUUGGUUUUUAAAGGUGACUGUGACGCUGAAAUGUUUCUAAUUUUUUUGUGUAAUUGUUUAUAUAAUUUGCCUUUGUUGUUGUUUUAGUUUUAAUAUGUUAAUUUUUGGUUUGUUGAUAUUCUUUUUUUCUAUUUAACAUCAUAUACAUCUCGGCCUUUUUUUUGUUCUUUUUUUUUUUACUCUUGCAACCGUGGAGGUGUACACCUGGAAGCUGAUGUGUGAGCUGUUCUUUGCAUUGGUAAAUGGUUGUUUUUUUUUAAUUGCCUUAAUUGGAAUAUAUUUGGGUGCCACAUUGUGACUGAUGUGGAGAGAUUGUUAAUAUUCACACUUGUUAAUGUGAUGGAAGCAACAAAAAAGUGUUUAGUGUUUUUUAAAUCAGAGAGUUUUGGUAUGCACACUACACAGAUAAUUACCCCGUUAAAACUGCAUGUCCAAGUCCGGGUCUAUAUAGCUCAGUUGGUAGGGCAUCAGAGUUGAAAGCUGCAUGGACAUACUGUAGAUCACUAGAACCAAUAAAUAGACAAGACGUGAUAAUUUCACCACCACUCUGACACAUGUGGGAAACAGUUUUACUGCAGAAUUAUUAUUGUAGUUGUACCUUGCUGUACUUUAAAUAACCUCUAAUCUUGAUUCAUACAAUUGACAAGAAGAGAUUUUAGUGCAAUAUUAAUGCAGACACCAGCAAAAAAAACUGAUUCAAACCAUUCGGUGUUGUCUGGUAAUAGUUAUGUAUCUAUGCUGUAUAUUAUAGUAACAACACUCCUUCACACUUCAACACACAUUGUGUACUCUUGUGUCUUUCUAUAAUCUAUCUGUGGCUCAGGGCAUCCCCACUGCCUUCUCCUUACACACACUGCCUAAAACCUCCAGACCAAGAACACUCAACAGAUCCGACUUAUUGCCUCGUUGCUAAAUGUUUGUACUGGUGCUUUUAGAGAUCUUAUGUCCUCAGGAGUCUCAAUCUUACAAGCAAUCCCAAAAAUAUCUCACAGACGAUGACAGGUCUUGGCAAAAAAAAAGUUGGGCCUGUAUUGUAUAAGUUUCUCUUGUGAAAAUGUAAGAUGAACAGGGUGUCAUGGAUGUCUUUACAAGUACAAUGAUUGUGUUUUGUGCCUGUACGAUUAUUGUGUAUUUACAGUAAACACAGAUGUCAUGACAGUCCGCAAAUUGUCUCUUAGUAAAUAAAAACCACUGACUAAUGUUUGAAUUUGUAAUUCAGGGCCUCAUUUAUAUAAAAGAAAAUGCUCCAUAUCUUUAUCUUAUUCCAUUGUGUGAUCAAUUCAAAGAAUGUGAUUCUUGUUACAUUCAGUUUCUUCAAUGAUUCCUCAAUUUAUUACACAACAUAAACUUUGUGAAUUUCACAUUUCUCAGCGAGCGCUGUGCAUAAAUGAGGCCUGAAUGCUAAUGCUACAUAAAUGCUGCAACAUUAUGUGAUGUUGCAGUGAUGACUGUGCAGACAGCAACUCGCUUCACAAGUUCAGUGUGAGUGAAAUACUGCUUGUAUUUCUGCUUAAAAUCUAAAAAAGGUUUAAUAGUAUUGAUUAUUUUUUACUCGUCUUACGUUCUUGCUGCUCAAGGUUUCCCAAUAAGCUGCAACCUCGGCUUCUUGCUUUAAUUCAGACCAAAACAAGCCUUUUUUAAUGUGGUGUAAAUAUGAAGUUUUCUGUGUUCUAACAGUCGUUGCAUAUUAAUUUCUUCUCCUAGCAAUACAUCUUCGCAAUGCAAUAUGCCUAAUAAGAAUGUUAUUUCUAAAUAAUUUUGUGCACACAUUGGUCUCUAAUUUAAGUUGCCAUUUGCAGUCUGCAGAGCCAUUGUGACUGACAUGUCUCUCAAGUCUAUUUUUGUGCUAAAAAUGUAACUGUAAAUAUUGGGGGUGAGUGUGUGACAAGAAUAAAAACAUUCAGAAGUGAACCAGAA